AAAAAACUUAUCAUGUCUUUUUCAAGGGGAUUUGCAGUCAGCGAAGAAAGAAAAUUGAGGAAACCUAAAGUGUAUCACCUUUCUGAAGAAACAUUGGCUGAAUAUAAAAAAUCCAUAGAAGACCAAGAUGCCCAAAAAGUUUCAGAAGGAUCCUCAUCAUCUCCUAAGAAAAAUAAAAAAAAUUUUUUUCUAAGAUACAAUAUUAGUGUAAAAUAUAUGAAGGAAAAUCCAGCGCGAGUAAUGAAUCUUUUCGAAGAAGAUGGCAGACACAAAAGUGCAGUCAAGAAAAUCAAAAAAGGAAAAACCAAUGAUGUGAAACGUCCACAAAGCCCAAAUCAUUAUGAAGCACGUCUCAAAGAGUUGGAAAAAGAAUUCCCCAAUAUAAGUCUUAAAAGAUACAAUAUUAGUGAAAAAGAUAUGAAAGAAAAUCCAGGGCGAGUAAUAAAACUUUUCGAAGAAGAAUGCAAACACAAAAGUGCAGUUGAGAAAAUCAAACAAGGGAAAAUUAAUGAAGUGAAACAUUCACAAAACCCAAAAAAAGAUUUCGUGGACGAAUUUAAUGAGAAUGAAGCUGUUAGAAAUAGUUAUAAAGCACAUCUCAAAGAGUCAGAAAAAGAUUUCCCCAAUAUAAGUCUUCAAGCAGAAGCAUAUAUAUAUAAAGAAAGCAUUGAGAAAACUAGGGAACUCACACCCGAAGAAUACUCAAUAUAUUCCAAAAAAAUGAUGUCUGCUCUACAAAUUGGGAAUUCAAUAAGUGUUUCAGAAGGACCCUCCACAUCUUCAGGAAUGAUAAAACAAGAAUUAAUUAAAGAAACUCUCGAUGAUGCUGUAAAAGAUUCAAUGAAAAUGCUGAAAAUUGAAGAUGCACAAGAACUGAUAGAAGCCAGAGAAACCCAAAAAGUUUCAGAAGGACCCUCAUCUUCUAAGAAAAAUAAACAAAAUUUUUAUCAAAGAUACAAAAUUACUAGAAAAGAUAUAAAGGAAAAUCCAGGGCGAGUGAUAAAACUUUUUGAAGAAGAUUGCAGACACAUAAGAGCAGUCCACAGAAUCAAAUAUGGAAUAACCGAUGAUGUGAAACAUCCACAAAGCCAAAAAAAAGAUUUCUUGGACAAAAUCGCUGAGGAUGAAGCACAGCUCCAAGAGCUAGAAAAACAACUUUCCAAUGUAAGUCUUCUAACAGAAUCAUCUUUGCAUGAAGAAGAAAUAGAAGAGAAUCGGGAAUUGACACCAGAACACUCUAGAUUGCGAAAAAAAAUUGUGUCAGCUAUAGCACGUAAAUGCACCUUUUAG